GUGACUCGGCAGUAAGCAAUCCCGCGAUAAAUUCAAUAUCUUACAACACCGCUGAAGUUUUCAUAGUUUUCGAAAAUGUGUCAAACAAAAAUUUUGAAUGCUAGAGUAGAACUGAUAAUUGUGGUGUCAACAGUGAAACCGACAUAAAGUGAAUCUUUCAAGAAUCAUAACAAAAAUUAAACAAACCAUUUUAUAUCGAUGGUUUUCACAAAAAAUCACAAAAAACCAUGAAAAAUGCGAUUUACUGGCCGAAACUGCCAAUAAAUCGGAAAAUCAGUAUACUGAUUAAAUUUAGCCAAAAUUUAUAUAUACAAAACGGGACAUAAAUAAAGUGCCACUAUGGAAUUAACUUAGUUAUACGUGUUAUUUUAAGUGUAAAUAUAACGAAAUGCAGUGCGACCUAAAAUACCCGACAAUUAAGUUCGAAUAAGAAGAAAAACAUUUAAAUGCAGAAUUCGAACUUUGAAUAAAGGAGAGUGCCGUAUAAAGUGAAUGAAUGUUAAUUAACAACAAGGAUUCAAAACCUUUGGUACUAGGAGGUACUACUACACGAAAAUUUGGAUUUUUAUAAACAAGACUCAAGGCGAUCCCGCUAGCACUAAUCAUAUCUGCAAAAUCAGACGCUCAAAUGGAGCUACGACCCAAAUCGAGGAUGCACCGAACCACAAAUUCGCGAGUUUUAUUUCUUUUCUGGGUUCUAGUAUGGACCCAUUUUCUAGAGAAUGUCUUUUGUGGCGAAAAAUUAGCAUUGCUAUCGGCUACUCUACGCACAUAUCAGAAAGUAGCUUGUGAUUCAGAACAAGUUGUUAUUGCCUGUCCCCGAGGUACCAGUAUUUCCAUCGAAUUUGCUCAGUACAACAAAUUUGUGGCAAAAGAUGGCUACAGUAUCGAGGAUCUGUGUCCCGUGCCUGGAGAACUCGUUCCGGAAAUCCGUGGCAAAGCAAAGCAUCUACUUCGCGGAUCCAUUUUUGGUUUAUCGAACCAGAAAGAGCCUUCUAAACGCUUUGCCAAUGGUGAAUACGGCCAUGUUAUGACAUAUAGUAGUGAUGAUAUUAUUACUACCAAACCAAGUUCAACUGACGACGAAACUGGUACAAUCGUCAGUUUUAGAGAUAUUCAAAGUACUGACGAGAACAACGAAAAUACCCCAAAGAGUUGCAUGUGGCCAAAUGCUUUACAGUACUCUUUGCUGCAAACAGUAGUCGAGGCGUGCCAGAAGAAAAAGCACUGUAAGUUCCAGGGGUCUUCGCAGUAUUACGGCCUAGGCGAAAGCGGAGUAGGUGACUCGUCCGGAACCAGCAGCUAUCACAGCAGUACAGUCAGCACCAAUUCAUUAAUUAGCGAUCCCUGUCCAAAGCUUAGAAAAAUCGUGGAAAUAGCCUACAAAUGUCGUCCGUAUGAGUUUCGAAGCAAGGUAGCUUGUCACAAUGAUGUCGCCCAGCUCGAGUGUAACCCCUAUUCGAGGAUAGCCAUAUAUAGCGCAAGUUUCGGUAGAACAGAGUAUGAAAGCAUCCAAUGUCCUCAACCCCAAGGAGUACGGGAAGAAACAUGCCUCGCCUCAUACUCAACGGAGACAGUAAUGCAAAUUUGCCACGGACGUCGGCGGUGCAACUUAGCAGCUGACGCAAACACAUUUGGUACUCCUUGUCAAAAGAACUCUCGGAUGUACUUGAAAGUGGUUUACACAUGCGUGCCCAUGCAAGUACUUAAAGAACACGACGCAUCAGAAACCGAGGCGGACGAAUCCCAGGAUUUUGAGGGUGAUGUCAACGAUCUGUACGAUGAUGAACUGAACUAUAAAGAGUCCGAAGCCAUUCCAAAGCUGUAUAGCAACACAACAGGUUCUGGUACCCGCAAUAGCACCGGAGGAAGUAUUUCAAGACCCAGUGUCACAUUGUCGAGUAACCAGACCAUAACAAACAGCUCAUUGGUUGCUGAGAUCGAUAACGUAAUGACUCACACUGCCGACUUUAGCUUGGAGGGCGACCAGGAACGUUUAUAUAUUUACCUACUUAUCGUGGGAUCCUUUGGAGUGCUUUUAUCCAUAAUUGUUGUUGCCACUAGGUUGAUGCUCCAAAAGCGUCAUAGUGUCAUUACGGAUACGCGUAUGAAUUCCCCAAAUAAAGCCAAUGAAAUGCCUGGCGAAUUAGCUGAGGAUACAACAGUUCCAAGCGGGUUAAAUGAAAUAGACGAAAUAGAUACAGACAUUGACUUAACUUCAUCGGUACCUUUACCAAUAGUUUCAAAAAAUGAGAAUUAUUUGGCUUACGCACCGGCUACUAGCCUCUUCACCAAUAUAGCUCCUGGACAUCUAUCCUCAGGGGGUAUCCCAGGAUCUGCACCUGGUGUAAUCACAGCCCCACUUUUGGUUGGGACACACCACUCCCCAGACUUAAUAGGUAUUCCGUCGAGUGCCUAUGUAGCAACCAGCCAUUCUACUGGAAGCCAGAAUGCAGUGACAGGAAUUGUGGCUCCGGCGAUUGUUAUCGGAUCCAAGGCUUCUGGUGGUCCCUUACCUGGAAGUAGUGCUAUAAGCACAAUGGUUCCCAUAACCUCACUGUCGCAGUACACAACCGCGCCGACUAUCAGAGGCGGAUAUAUAGUAAAUUCUGGGGGAAUGGGAGUGCUGCAGCAUCCAAGAAGCACACCCACGCCACCGUCCUCUAUGGCUGGAGGGUCUCCGGCACAUCCACCAGCGCAAUCAGUUACGGCCCUUGCAAUAACUCCGUUGGGUCAUGGGUCUGCUUCCAUGUCUCUAAGCGGCACUUCGACUGUGCAUCGAACAAAGCCGCUCAUGCAACUUUCCUAUGAUGGCACCGCUCCUCGCACCUUGUCCACUGGCGUGGCGGCUGGCUCUCAAUUCUAUUAUGGAUGACAAGAAAUGAUGGACUUUAAGCCGCAUGUAUACGCCACAGGCUUAGCUACGGGUGCAGUUGCUCCAAAUGGCACUCAAGCGAAGUUCGGAAAUGCUGAGGAGAAGAUUGUACCACAUUAAUAUGAAGGACAAUAGAAAACAAAUCUUAAGUAGUUCCUUCUACUUGAUUUCAAUUCUCAAACUGAGCUAGAAUGUUCUCAUAUUCCCGUAUGUUUCACGGCAAUUGAGUUCUUAAAAUUAAA